GCUAAGUUUUAAAUUUCAUCAGUCAAAACAUGACGACACCGGCUCUCCUGCCGCUGUCGGGCCGCAGGAUACCCACUCUUUCACCGGGCGCCUCCUCCUUCCCGCACCACAGAGCUACGUUGAGGCUCUCCGAGAAGUUCAUCCUCCUCCUUAUUCUCAGUGCCUUCAUCACCUUAUGUUUUGGGGCCUUCUUCUUCCUCCCGGACAAUUCCAAGCACAAGCGCUUUGACCUGGGCUUGGAGGAUGUGCUCAUCCCUCAUAUUGACUCGCCCAAAGAGGGGAAGCAUGCCUCUGGACAGGUGGUCAUACAUGGACAGGGAGGACAUGACGAGCACAGACAUAGGGAGGAGGAGGAGAGCCUGCGGGACAAGAUUCGGGCGGACCAUGAGCGAGCGCUGCAGGAGGCGAAGGAGAAGCUAAGAAAGUCACGCGAGGAGCUGCAGGCUGAGAUUCAGACGGAGAAGAACAAAGUGAUGGAGGACAUGAAAAAGAAGGAUACGGGGCCUAAACCCUUACCACCCGUCCCCAUGCCCAAAGUGGUGGGCGUCAGCGAUGGAGAGCCGCCGGAGCCUGACGUCAAAGAGAAACGCGACAAGAUCAGAGAGAUGAUGAAGCACGCAUGGGACAGCUAUAGACAGUAUGGCUGGGGUCAUAACGAGCUGAAGCCCCUCGCCAAGAAAGGACAUUCCACAAAUAUCUUUGGUAAUUCCCAACUAGGGGCGACCAUCGUGGAUGCUUUAGACACGCUGUACAUCAUGGGCCUCCACGAGGAGUUCAAGGACGGUCAGGAGUGGAUUGAACAGAAUCUGGACUUCGGUGUGAAUGCCGAGGUGUCCGUGUUUGAGGUCAACAUUCGUUUCAUAGGAGGACUGCUGGCCGCCUACUACCUCUCUGGACAGGAAGUAUUCAAGCUGAAGGCGGUCCAGCUAGCCGAGAAGCUGCUCCCUGCCUUUAACACCCCCACAGGGAUCCCCUGGGCCAUGGUCAACCUUAAGAGCGGCGUUGGUCGUAACUGGGGUUGGGCGUCAGCAGGCAGCAGCAUCCUGGCGGAGUUCGGGACCCUUCAUAUGGAGUUUGUUCACCUCACCUACCUGACAGGAAACCCCGCCUACUACCAGAAGGUGAUGCACAUCCGGAAGCUGCUGGCCAAAAUGGACCGACCCAACGGGCUCUACCCAAACUACCUGAACCCCCGCACGGGCCGCUGGGGCCAACAUCACACCUCUGUCGGAGGACUCGGGGACAGUUUUUACGAGUACCUGCUGAAGGCGUGGCUCAUGUCUGACAAGACCGAUACAGAAGCCCGCAAGACGUACGACGACGCCAUCGAGGCCAUCGAGCGCCACCUGAUCCGCAAAUCCAACGGCGGCCUGACGUUCAUCGGUGAGUGGAAGAACGGACACCUGGAGAGGAAGAUGGGUCACCUGGCCUGCUUCGCCGGCGGCAUGUUCGCGUUGGGCGCCGACGGCUCGCCCGACGACAAGGCCGGACACUACCUGCAGCUGGGAGCCGAGAUCGCGCACACCUGCCACGAGUCCUACGACAGGACGGUGCUGAAGCUCGGCCCGGAGGCCUUUAAGUUCGACAGCGGCCUGGAGGCGGUGGCCGUGCGGCAGAAUGAGAAGUACUACAUCCUGCGGCCGGAGGUCAUCGAGACCUACUGGUACAUGUGGAGGUUCACCCACGAUCCCAAAUACCGGCAGUGGGGCUGGGAGGCAGCACAGGCCAUUGAUAAGUACUGCAGGGUGAGCGGAGGUUUCUCGGGGGUGAAGGACGUCUACUCCUCCAACCCGACCUACGACGACGUGCAGCAGAGCUUCUUCCUGGCCGAGACGCUCAAGUAUCUGUACCUGUUGUUCUCCAGCGACGACCUGAUGCCGUUGGAGAGCUGGGUCUUCAACACGGAGGCUCACCCGCUUCCUGUCCUCCACCUGGGCAACAUCACCCUGCCCGGCAGCGAGCCGGCUCAGCGGUAGACGGACAGGCCCUCUUCCUCCACCACAGCACCAGGGGGCGCCACGUGUCCGCCCGCCUGCCUGCCUGC